CAGCCCCAGCCGCACACACACACAUACACUCUCUCCCUCCUCAGUUACAUGCACGGUCACACACCAACCAUUGCCGCUGCCACUAAACUGACGACUGCCAGCGGGGAGCUCGCCGUGAAGAAGAAACAGGACGAAUCGUGAAAAGAGUUUGGGGAAAAACAGGCAUCUUGUGGAUCCGUAGGAUUCUGGCUGCGUGUGGCAUCUGGACUUUUUUCUCCUCUGCUCAUCCUUCACACCAGCUCUCUAUACCUAUCUAUUUAUCUAUCCAUUGCGGGAGCUUAACAAAAGACAGUGGCAGUUAUAGCUCCACAUCCUCUUCUCCACAUCCUGAGUUGUCUUAGCAGGAUAAAUCACAGACUGGGAUACAGCUCCUGGUGGGAUCUCCUUGUCUGGGAAAAGGAACUGAAGAGAGGAAGAAGAUAAAGACGCUUGGAAUCAUUUCAAGGGACAUGCUCGGGGCAGCGGAGGAGAACAACAAGUCUGUUUCUUAGUCUGCAAGGAGCCGGCAACUGGAUCAUUCCUUCCCUCCUCCCUUCAUCCUUCUUGUCUUCUAUCCGUGCUUUCCUCCUCUCUCUUCAAUUACCUCCAUUGUUUCUCCUGUAUCUUCCCUAUGCCCUUUCCCUACCACUCUGGAUCACCUUGUGUUUGUGGAUGGUCAGGACUCAAGUGAAGAAUGGUUUAAAACAAUUACGAGACGACUAGACUGGCUAAAAGUGUACCCCCAAAUCCUGCCAUACUAACCACCACUGUGUGCAUUCUUGUCACAGUACUCUUUUACACCAGCAAGAAGAAGAAGGAUUCUUGUUCGGCAUCCUCUCUGCUUUUAAAGGAUCCAGUCCAGCCAGUCCUCCAGCUUCCAAAUCUCCAGCAUCCAGGAUCUUCAAGAGGAUUCCAGCUACAUGGGAAAACGUUUGGAACAGCAGCCAAUGUACCCCCACUACACCUACUACUACCCCCACUAUCUCCAGACCAAGCAGUCCUAUGCUCCUCCCCCGCCACCCAUGGCUCCGCCCAGCCCCGGUACCACAGGAGGAGGAGGUGGUGGAGGUCAAGGAGGAGGGCUAGUGGAGCAGCUUAGUAAGACCAACCUGUACAUCAGAGGCCUCCCCCCGGGCACCACGGACCAAGACCUCAUCAAACUGUGCCAGCCAUAUGGGAAGAUUGUAUCAACUAAGGCCAUCCUUGACAAGAACACAAAUCAGUGCAAAGGUUAUGGCUUUGUGGACUUCGACAGCCCCGCGGCGGCGCAGAAGGCAGUGGCCUCACUCAAAGCCAGUGGAGUCCAAGCACAGAUGGCCAAGCAACAAGAACAGGAUCCCACAAACCUGUACAUCUCGAACCUGCCUGUGUCCAUGGAUGAACAGGAGCUGGAGAACAUGCUGAAGCCUUUUGGUCAUGUGAUCUCCACGCGGAUACUCCGAGACGCCAACGGCCUCAGCAGAGGGGUCGGCUUUGCGAGGAUGGAGUCGACGGAGAAGUGCGAUGUGGUGAUUCAGAAUUUCAAUGGGAAAUUCCUGAAAACUCCUCCAGGCAUGACAGCCCCUGCAGAGCCGCUGCUGUGUAAGUUUGCUGACGGAGGCCAGAAGAAGAGACAGACCCAGGUCAAAUAUCCCCAGAAUGGCCGACCGUGGACAAGGGAUGGAGAGAGUGGUAUGGCACUGACGUAUGAUCCCUCUGCAAUUCAGAACGGGUUCUACUCGUCGCCGUACAGCAUCUCCACCAACCGGAUGAUAGCGCAGACAUCAAUCUCACCGUUCAUUGCUGCCUCUCCUGUCUCCACAUAUCAGGUCCAAAGUACAUCUUGGAUGCCACAUCAACAGUAUGUUAUGCAACCCACAGGUGCUGUGAUCACUCCGGCAGCAGCCAUCGAGCCCAGUCUGUCCCUGCACCCGUCCAGUGUAAUGGCUCCGCUCAUGCAGCAGAUGAACCACUUGUCUCUGGGCACUUCGGGAAAUUACAUGCCUGCUGCAGCCACUGCCGCUAUGCAAGGAACCUACAUUCCCCAGUACACUGCAGUGCCUGCCUCUGCCAUCACAGUGGAAGGCGUGGUGACAGAGGCGACUCCCCAGACAGCUCCCUCUUCACAGAACGCCAGCGGACAGCAGCCUUUAUCAGUGGAGAGCACGGGGGACCACACCACGGCCUAUUCUUACCAGCAGACUAAAUAAGUUGAGGCUGGUGAGGCUCAUUGCUGCAUUGCCCUCAGAAGGACUGCACUGGUGACCAGGGGAAUCAAAAAGAAACAGUGACAAGGACAAUACUGAGAGGAAAAUGCUUCCACUGUGCACAAACACAAGACAAAAAUGAAGAAAAAAUGUUUCUUAUUUGAAGAAAAUUUAGGAAAAAAUAAACUGUUUGCUGAACUGUUGGACAACUUUUUAUCAUUUCUCAUCAAGAGACUUUGGAUGUUGUCUUUAUGAGAAGACAACUUGACUAGAAUCUGUACAGAAAAAAAAACGAACAUUUGAAUGUCCAGGUAGAUUUUCAAGACUUUUUUAUUCAAUUCAAGAAAAAAUGGAAAGGGGACACAGGCAGCAGUCUAGAAAACAAAGGUCGUCUUCCUUUCAUAUGAAGCUGCAUCAUCGUUUUUAUGAUUUGAGUAGUUUUUUAGAAUAUCAAUGUUUUGGUAAAUCUUUAUUGCCUUAAUUUUCUGAAAUGCUGGGAACAAGAAGUUUCCCUUUUUAUGUUUGACAAAAACAGUAUGAUUCAAGAAGAGCAGCGGAAAGCUGACUGUACAGGCAAAAAGGAUGUGUUUGUAAAGAGGACUUUUAAAAUUCAAGAAAAUUUGGGGAAGAGUGCUCCUUCCUGCAACUUCACACGUGUUAUUUCCCAUGCCAUUUGUGCUUGCUUUUGUCAUCCUUUGCUUGCCAUACUUUAAAACAUUUGCUUUGCCUGCAUCUUGCGUGACAAGCAUUUCUCACUAAAAGCUGGAAAAACAGCUAGGAUUUUUCAAUGUGCAAAAAAGCAAUAGUUCUAGUAGAGGCUGAUCAAGUGCAGCCUACAGGUGGCAUAUUUUAUACCAAAGAUGAAGAAGCUAGACAUUGAAGAGCUCUUCCUUAUUUGCUUUUUUCCACUUGUUUUUAUGUUAUUCUGUUGUGGGAGAUAUCUAGGGACAUGCUGUAGGUCUUAAUAUACAAAUGCCUCAAGAUGUUUUCAUGCAAUCAGAUGUAAGCUGGUAUUGUCUGAAAAUAGUAGAAAAAAGUUAUCAUUGGUGUCUAGUUUUACAGUUGUAAGCAGCCAAAUCACAAGCUUAAUGGACUGACUAAAAUGCUGUUUCUAAUUAUGAUAGUUUAAUUGAGUUAUGUAAUGUGAUUUCAUGUCAUGUUGCUUUAGGCUGCUGUGCGGACCAACAUAAGCCAUUUGAAAUAUGAGCAGGGAUCUCUCUCUGCAAAAGAAAAAGGGCAUUUUUGUUCAGAUCAUUUUAGCCAAUCACAAAGAUGUUUACUUUUUUGUUGAUGUACUUCUGUGUAAGCUGCUAACACAAUUUUUUGGUGUUGGGGGUCAGUUGCGUAGUUGGGGGCACAUUUUUUAUGUGGAUUCCCUUAAAAACAUUUUUUUUUUUUUUUUCAAAGAAUUAAUGCAUAGAGGUUUUUCCUUCUCUACCACGCCCCGUCUACUCAUCAUACACCAAUGACAGGAAGCUAAAGGAUGUUAUGGAGUUAUCAUUCAACCAAAAGUGGGAAGAUACAAACAUCUAUUGAAAAAUAAGUUAUUGAAAGUUGAGAGUGAAGUAGAGAGGAAACGUGAGUAGUAUUUAUGAGAUUUUUGUACAGGUGUGUAAAAGAUGAUGCAACAGAAAUAACUUUGAUGAUGCUAUUUUUUUAUUUGCUUGGUCACAUGCCUCCCAUGUCUUUCAAGUUGUGAUUUUGAGAGUGUCUGUAGAAACAGUGGAUAUUGCUGUAGUUUGAAAUGUCUAUUUUGUUUCAUUUUUGUUUUCUUUUUAGACAAAUCUUUCAAUAAAAAUGUUUC